AUGGGGCAGAAUCAGUCCAAGUACGAAUUGGUGUACCAGCAAGUGAGUUACGGUAAUGCGGAAGGCAUCAAAACCCUUUGCAGGGAAGGCACUAGCCUCGAGGUGAUGCCAAAACAAAGCAUAUGGAGGCUGAACUCAUUUGGAGGGACAAUAUGCUCAAUUCUAGGAGCUGCAACUCAACAAGGGCGCACAGUAGCAGAGAGCAGCGGAGGAACAACUACUAUUGGUGGAGUGGCCAAGCUGCUCCGGAAGAGGAGUUUUCUUCGCUCAUCUUAUUUUGACUUAAGGUUGAGUUCUACCGCAUAA